GGACGCGGGUCGCGCUCUUGCCUGCUGUUUUCGCCUCUGUCAACAUUUGCGUAUCCUUGGCUCCAGUCCCGCUCGCUUUUUUUUCUUCUUGCGCCUUUCUGUCUUGCUUUUCUGUGGCCAUAUCCAAGACGUUUUCGCUCGCUGCUGGUCAUACAUACCAUCACUAAACGUAAAGAAACCCCGAAAUUGUUGCACCGAAGAGCACAACAAAUAGCACGAUGUCGAACAACGAGGAGUACGAUGAGUCUGCCAACAUGGAGGACGACAGCGGGAUACCAAACCCAGGCGCCCCAACACCACUUUCUGCUCUAGAGGGUGUUGCCGGACUUACCAAGCGAGACAUUCAGCUGAUUGUUGAUGGAGGCUUCAACACCGUUGAAUCUGUUGCCUAUACCCCCCGGAGGGUACUGGAGCAGAUCAAAGGUAUUUCGGAGCAAAAGGCAGGGAAAAUCCUGGCAGAAGCCUCUAAACUUGUGCCUAUGGGUUUUACUACUGCGACGGAGAUGCACCAGCGCCGCAGCGAACUGAUUUCCAUCACGACAGGCUCCAAAAAUCUGGAUACACUAUUGGCUGGUGGUAUCGAGACCGGCAGUGUCACCGAAAUCUUUGGAGAGUUCAGAACAGGAAAGUCGCAGAUCUGCCAUACUCUUGCGGUAACAUGCCAGCUCCCAUUUGACAUGGGGGGUGGUGAGGGAAAAUGUCUCUACAUCGACACUGAAGGUACCUUCCGGCCUGUGCGUCUCCUAGCAGUGGCCAACCGAUACGGUCUCUCAGGCGAAGAAGUUCUUGACAACGUUGCGUACGCAAGAGCCUACAAUUCGGACCAUCAGCUGCAGCUCUUGAACCAGGCCGCAGCCAUGAUGUGCGAGACCCGCUUCAGUCUGUUGAUUGUCGACUCCGCGACCUCGCUCUACAGAACGGACUUCUUGGGUCGUGGCGAACUCAGUUCCCGCCAAACCCAUCUCGCAAAGUUUAUGCGCACACUCCAGCGCCUUGCCGACGAGUUUGGUAUUGCGGUGGUGAUCACCAAUCAGGUCGUGGCGCAGGUUGAUGGUGGUCCGUCUGCCAUGUUUAAUCCAGACCCCAAAAAACCAAUUGGUGGCAACAUCAUUGCGCACGCCAGUACUACUCGCAUCAGCCUGAAGAAGGGUCGCGGAGAGACCAGAAUCGCAAAGAUCUACGACAGCCCAUGUUUACCAGAGAGCGACUGCUUGUUUGCCAUCAACGAGGACGGCAUUGGUGAUCCUAGCCCGAAGGAUAUGGAGAAGAUGAAUCAGUAGUUUGCAGUGGGGAUGGCGACAGCAAAUCAACACGAAAUUCAUACAACAAUCUAGGGACGCAAGGGGCUGCUGAUUUGACGGUAUAAGGAUAAUGUGUGUUUUUGAUGGGCAUAGCGCGUUUUUAUUGUUAGCAUGGGAGGGCAGCCUGGCGUCACACUUGUCUGGUAUGACUGGUAAAACUUGGGAGUUGGUAGAGUUAUCAAUAACUACGGUACACUGUUUUUUUUUUCUAAUACAAUCGACGAAGUGAAGCCGUCAAAGUCAUCUCGCC